CUUGAAGAGCUCCUUCAUGUUAUUGAUGUAGCAAACCUCUAGCCUCCUGGGAUAUAACUCGACAGUAAUUGUCGACAAGAUCCUUGGACGUGCGCUCCAUUUUAGUAAUCGAGUCCUAACUUUCCGGAUUGCGAUGAAUAUUCCUCAAUCACACAGAAAACCUUUCAUCUAUUAACAUUUGCUAUUAGUUUAUAGAGAGUGAAGUGAAGAGUUCAGUUUUCGAAUGGCACUCACCUUUCAGCUAUCCACAUACAAAUAUAUUUUGCUGUCACCACGUGGCUCCAAUGGUGGGAUGAACUCCAAUUACCCCCAAGAAUUGAAUUCAAUCGGGCAGAAUGACUGAUAAGGUCGACCCCUCGACAAACCAGAAAAGUUCUAAUGCUGCACCCGGGGAUGGCAUCCGCUCCCUGAGGAGCACGAUGCUCUUUCGAGCUGUCAACUAUGAACUCUAUGUGAAACCAAAUAUAGUAAUAAUGGCAUUGGGCCUGACAGCAAUCGCCGGAUGUUCUGGGUACAUCCUUUACAUGCGAUCGAAAUAUGAGGACAUGGGGUUCUACACUGCUCUCGAAACGGAUGGCAAAGAAACGUUCAAAAAGAAAGAGUCAAAAUGGAAUACAUGAAUUACCAAAUGACUCACUACUUUCACGUGUACAUACGGCUGAUUGAAUCACAGGUUAAGUCUGAGAUUUCUGUAAUUUAUCAAGUAUAAUAGAAUAUGGAAUAGUAUGAAAGAAAUUGGUAUAUUGUUGUGAAUUGAGAUGAAAUGAAUCUUCAUUAAUAUUUAAUUUCUGCUCCCAAAACGAUGUUAAAAAUCGGUAUAGAGUUUCACAGGGUUUAAUUGAAAAAUUACAGCAUUAAACGAAAUUUUUAUUUUACAAUGGUAACAUAUUCCAUCAAAAUAAACAUGUCAAACAUUCAAUUCACCUAUGAACUAAUUGUACAAUCCUAAUGUCAUCGAUAAUUUGUUCAUUCUUCUAAAUGCAAUAUCCAGUAUUCACAGACAGACUAAACAAAAAUUUCAUUACUGGUGAUUUGACAUUGCCUUCACAUGCUAUUUCUCUUUGGCACACGUAUUACAAGGUUUAAUUCACAUUUGUAAAAUUAUUGGUCAUUCUACUGAGUUAGUACAUCUGCUAACAAUGUUUACCAUUUUGUACUCAUUAUUGUGAUACGUUUUCUGAAGAAAUUCAGAUUUUUAAAAAUCGAUGAUCUCUCUCGGACAGAUAGCAAUCAACAAAUAUAUUAAUUUCCUAAUCUUGA